CUUCCCGGAACCGGCCGAGAGAACUGCUGGGCCGCCCUGCCCUGUUAGUCGCCUGUCCGGUCCUGUCCCCGGGUCCCCGCUCUGCGCCCUCUGCGGGCAUCAAAGAUUGGCGACCAUUGGGGACAGAUAAGCCUGGUGUGACAAGAGAAAGUGACUUUUGGUGCUGCACCAGAGAAGCAAGUCACUGAGUGUGGGAAACUGUAGCCAUGGAAACCCUAAAAUCUGAGAACAAGAAAAGGGUCCUUCCCUCAUGGAUGACAGCCCCUGCGGACGAGAGGAGGGUGUUGUCAGCGAGGACACCCAAAAGGAAGAGGACGGCGGCUGUGCAAGCUGGGGCGGCAACGAGGGCCCCGGCCACCAAGACUGUGUACUGCAUGAACGAAGCCGAAAUGGUAGAUGUGGCUCUGGAGAUCCUGAUUGAGGGCCGAAAACAGGAAAAGCCGUCUCUGGUGGCCGCUGAUAAGCUGCAGCUCUCCCCUCCCUGCUCGGCGGCGUCUCCUCACACCAGUUCCCCUGGGAGCAGCAGUGAGGAAGAGGGCAGUGGGAACAGCUCGCCUGCUCUAGGCCUCAGCCCUUCCCAGGGGCCAGAAGCCGCCGACUCUCCCUGUAGCAGGAUCCCCGAGGAGGAAAAGGAGGAGGAAGAUGUGUUAAAGUAUGUCAGGGAGAUAUUUUUCAGUUGAUGCAAACUGUUCACUGGACUUUGUGCCGAGAGCAGUGGGGUCUGCUGAGAACUGUGGCCACUACCCACCCCUGGCACCCUGGAAAACCAGACUUUGCUCCCAACUUCCAGUCCCGGGGGGGCCUUCAUUUUGGAGGGCCUUUCUGAAUGGGGGGAGGUAUUGCAGGAUGCAGACCCGCACCCCAUUAGUGUCAUCCUGCACUGCCCUCUAGCUCGGAGGGUCUGGCACCCCAGCCCUGUGUUUUAUUCAAGUACCAGCAAAAAUGAGGUCAUGGGCCUCAUGGAAGCAAAGAAAAAUAUAGCUGCGGAGAACACUGGGAUUCCAGGUAGGCAGCCAGAUCUGGCCCUGAGGAGGAGGCCUAUGAACAGUCUCCAUCAUGACACAGUCCAGCCGUCGGCUUCUACCCCUCUAACGGAAAAGGCUGGCAGCUGCCCACAGUUCCCUGCCAGGCUAGCAGCAGGGGGCCCUCUCCACCCCGUCACCUCUCUUCCACCUGGGGCCUCCACCUUGGUCCCUGUGCGGCUCUAAGGGAGAGUGGGACAGAAAACACUGAGGACAAAAGAUCACGCCAGAGUCCGUGUUUCUUUGUGUUCAUUGUGGCUUUUCAAGAGCAUAGAAUGAAGAACUCGUUGCCAUGUAGGUUUUGUGCUAUACAGACAUUGAGAAAUAUAUAAUGACGCCCCAAUGCAUAAUAAGGACCGUGUUUCUGCCUUUUCCAGUUCUGGGCAAGGUGAGGGGAUGCAGUGUGUGUUUGUGUGCGACUAUGAAGUCCUGUUCACCUUCAAGGCUUUGGCACAUCUUGAUCUGCAUUCCUGGGCCACAAGAAUGGUUUAACAGUCUGGGGUCAGGUCCAAGAGCCCAUUCAGGGGAGCCCACAAAGCCAGCAAGGCUUCUCUUUGUACCCUGUGUUUCUUAGCUGAGUCCUUGUGAGGUUAUUCCUGGACCCCCAGGGCUGGAGUUCUGGUGUGGGGCUCAUCACGCUGGAGGAACAGAAACUUGCUAAGAGGACUUGAUGGUAAAGCACUUUCUUCUAACCAUCCAUUUGUUGCCGUACACUUUCACAGAGUUCUUGUUUGACACUCUGGCAAAUCUGCUUGGAAAUCUGGCCUCUGACAGUCAGGCUCUCAUCUGCCUGAAGCUAGCGUGAGAAUUGCUCAGAGUGGCUGAUUAAAGCAAGGACCCAUGUGCUAAUGAGCUACUUGGUUUUAGAGUCCUCCAGAGUAAGGAAGGACACUACGAAGCUGCAGGUACCCCAGCCAUCCAUGAUGCCUCUGGGCUCCUCGACACCACAGCCCUACCACGCGGUGGGUGGGUCCCCCUGCUCGAGCUUGGGCUCAACAUUAGCUGUGGAACAAGGUGGUUGAGGGGACCCGCCCAGCCACAGGUUCUCUGGCACCUUCUUGGAGCGCAGCUGGAACUGAACCCUUGUAAUCCCAUAAGCCUUUAGACUGGGCUAACAGUUCUCCCACUUGCCCUUGUCCUUCUUUUCCCUCGGAGGGAACAUAACAGUGGCUAUAAGCAAGAAGAUGAGUAAGGCCUGGGCUAGGCACAGAGCUAGAAAGCCAGGCCCCAGGAAGGUGAGCCUGACCCACUUCCACACGUACAAGAGGAAGAGGCUUAGUCCACUGGCCAGCAGCACGGAGGACGCUGUCAGGAAGCCCACUGCCAGCUGCCACUCUCCUUCAUCACUGUUGCACUGGGCGAGGAGGAGAGGCAGAGGGACAAACAUUGUGAGGACCAGGGCCCCAUACACACCAAGCCUGGCCAGGGCUAGGCCAACCCGAGGAACCCCCAGCGCCUCCAGCUCAGGGAAGUUGUAACACUGUAGGGAGCCAGUGUCCUCCUUCCACAGACAGAAGUUGUAGAAGCCGACUCUCAGGUUAGGCAGGUCCACGAGGUUGCCAGCCUUCCAGAGGAGAGCGUAGGCCAUCAGGGAGAGGACCACAGCCACGAGGAUCAUGAUGCCCACAAAGGGCAGGCAGUUGCUCCGCCAUGGCCUGGGGAUAGCCAUUUCUUCUGCAGUUGCAGGGGGACCUGGAAAAGGUCACACCAUGAGUACCUAGCCCUUCCCUCAGGCCUUUGUGUUUAGAAGCUCCUGUUCUUUCUGCCCUCCCCAGACAGGAAGUCCCACUCUCAGAUCCUCAGUGGACCUCUGGUUUGAGGUCUUUCCCAGGCAGCUGUGGAGCCUGAAGCCUGAAGCCCCCAUGCCAAAGGCUUUACAGCAGCAUAGACAGAAGCCAUCUGAAGCUCUGUGAGGGGGAAUCUCAUCCUCAUGGAGGUGGGUUUGGAUGUGUGUGGGGUGAAGGGCAAGUCUCUCUGUUAGGUGGCAGAGAACCAUCUGGAUCUCUGUGAGUUCAAGGCCACACUGGAAACAGAGCCAGGCAGUGGUGGCACACAUCUUUAAUCCCAGGACUUUGAGAUCUCAUGCCUUUGCUUGGGAAGGACACACACCUUUAAUCCCAGGAAGAAAUGGCAGGAAGCAGAAAGGUAUAUAUGGCGUGAGGACCAGGAACUAGAGGCUUUUGAACAGUUCAAUUGAGACCCUCAGGGGUAAGGAAUCAGAGGCUUUCAGUCUGAGGAUUCAUGGAAACAGGAACUCACUCUCUUUGGCUGAGGAUUUCUAGCAGUUAAGAAAGUGGCUGGCUUCUUUCUGCUUCUCUGAUCUCUCAGUUUUUACCCCAAUAUCUGGCUCUGGGUUUUUUAUUAAUAAGACCAUUUAGCAAUUUCUGUUACAUGUCUGUCCACCCUCUCCCCAUAACAACAGUAACCUAUUAAUUCUAGAAAAUUCUGGAAAUAGGUUUUAAAGAAAAAUUAAAACAAUCCUUUUUCCUACCACCCCAGUAAAACCACUGUUCAUAUUCCACAAAUAUUUUCCCUAUUGUGAUUGUACUUUUUUGGGGGGGCUUUUCAAAACAGGGUUUCUCUGCAUAGUUUUGGUGCCUGUCCUGGAUCUUGCUCUGUAGACCAGGCUGGCCUGGAACUCACAGAGAUCCACCUGGCUCUGUGUUGGGAUUAAAGGCGUGUACCACCACUGC